AUGUCUGGUGAGGCUGCAUUCAUGAAGCUGCCUAGAACUGAGAGCCCGGAAGAAAUCAAAGGCCACCUGGGCCUCAACCUCCUACGAGAUGUCUCUGAAUCACUCGUCGACUUCAUCUUCGUACAUGGGCUCGGUGGAGGGUCACGCAAGACGUGGUCCCUCUCACCUGACCCAAAACACUACUGGCCAAGGGAAUGGCUUAAGCAAGAGCCUGAGUUCCGCCAUGUGCGCAUACACAGCUUCGGAUACAAGGCUGACUGGGCUGAGACGAAGAUCGUGUUUAUCGCCCAUAGCAUGGGCGGAAUCGUCGUUAAAAAGGCAUACAUCCUCGCCCGGGAAACUCUUCGUUUAGAGGGAUUAGCAGACCGCAUUCAUUCCAUCUACUUCCUCGCCACUCCCCAUCAGGGUUCUAGUAUGGCAGAGGUACUGGAGAGGAUACUCCGGCUGUCAUUCAGUACUAAGGCCUUCGUGAGCGAGCUCAGUCCUACUUCCAAGUCGACUAUGGAUAUCAAUCAUUCCUUCAAACCUCUUACUACUCAAAUCGAACUAGUUUCGUUUUAUGAGACUCUCGAGACAAAAUUCGGACCAGCCUCUGCGAUGGUUAUCCCUAGAGGCUCUUCAUACCUUGCCCUACCGAAUGAAAGAGCAAUAGCACUGCACGCAGACCAUCGCGGUGUCUGUAAAUUCGAUAAACGGGCCGAUCUCAACUACAAAAUACUGCGCUCCUCGUUCUGUACUACCCUCCGCCGGAUAAUUCCAAAGCAUAUAUUAGAGCCACCACCACAAGGCGGCCUUGCUGAUUCCUGCGAAAUUUCAACAGAUGAACCCCAUCGAUUACCGGAGUUGACUGGUGUAUCGAACUCUCCUGUAGAUGAAGAGUAUAUCUUGGAAAAUUACCGGCCCAUGUAA